GCGACGGCGCGAUCAAUAACCCCUCCCCCGCAACCCCGCGCAACCCGCCUGCACAAACGCAACCACUGAAAUUGGUCAUUAGUUCAAGGUUUCGGUUGUCAACCACUAUCUACCUCAAAGUAUCGAAGCAAUACACACAUUUUGUGUUAUUUUUAAUGAUUGCGCGUUGCAAGGCCGGCGACGCGCAUAAAUGUCGAAUCUCCUUCGUGGACGCUCGUGUGUGUGAGUUUUCAGUGUAAGGAUGGCCUCUAAAGUUCUGGUGCCUACGGCACCUUUUACGAAGUUACAGGUGAAGAAAUCCCCACCAGAUGGCGGUAGCGGGUUCAUCAUCGGCGGCGACGCGACCGCCCGCGUGGCGCACCUGGAGCACAGCGUGCGUUUCCUGCAGGAGCAGCACCGGCUCAUGCUGAGCGGUCUGCACGCUGAGAUCGAGGCGCUGAGAGAGCGGAAUAGGGACUUGCAGUUUCAACUGAUUUUCAACAAAGAAUCAUCUGCCAAGAACAGUCCGGUCGCUGAAGAAAAUGCUGAGAGCAACGAGGAGCAUCUCCGUGCGGAGAUUGCCCGCUUGGAGCUGGAGGCGGCAGCGGCCCGGGGCGAGGUGCAAGCGACUGAGGCGCGGGCGAGAGAGCUGCAGGAGCUAGUGGACGCGCAGGCUGAAAAAAUCCGCGAGCUGGAGUUUCGCGCGCGGGACAUCGGUGCCGGGGCCAGCUCGGAGUCGGGCGAGGGCGAAGGGCGGGCGGAACUGCGGGCACGCCUGGCGGAGGCGGAGCGGCUGGUGCGGCGACUGCGCGCGGACGCCGAGCGCCAGCGCAGAGAGGUACUCGGGGGCGCGGGCGUCACCAACCUGCUGUUCGACGGCGCGGCGCACUUGCAGUGCAUGAAGAACUCCCUACACGCGAGCCUGCGCGCCGGCGGCCUGGACUACGGCUACAGCUACCUGCCGCUCCACCCGCAAGACCUGUGGCGGGACCCGCUUAGAGAGGAAUACAGCAUGGGAUCUCGAGGGCGCAACAACCGCCGCCCGCUGACGCUGCCCGAACUCAACGCCGUGGGACAACCGCUGAGAGCCACCGUCUACGCCAAUAAUUACGCCCGAGGGAGAGGGUACAGCGAGAAGAAGAAACCGCCGCCGAACGGAGAUCCAGUCAACGGGAAGAGUCCUGAAGAAACAGAACACAAUAGUUACAAUAGAGUACAUAGUGAACAGUUAAAGACGUACCCCGAACUGAAAGUCGUGGUCAGUAGAGUGAUACCACAUGGAAAUGUGAGUACAGGCGGUGAAAGGCCGCGCGCGCGGCGCCCGCACCACCGGAAACACAACCCCGACCACACAUAACUCCACAAUACUAGUUAGGUAACAACAUAUACCGAAAUAUAUAUGUACUGGUCAGUCAUAUUGCAUACAUUAUGUAAUAUACAAUGUGCCUGGGUCACUUUAUGUCUAUACAUAUACUGCAAUAUAUUAAUUAUCCAGUUCAGGGCCCCCGUAAGGGCUACUGGCACCUGUGUGCAAAAAAAGGAUU